AUGUAUCAGCACGGUCACGCAUUUCAGGGAAGGAAACUCACAGACCAAGAAAGAGCACGGGUUUUAGAGUUUCAGGACACAAUUCAUUACUCACCUCGUUACUCAGAUGACACACAUGAAUACAGACAUGUCAUGCUUCCUAAGGCAAUGUUGAAGGUAAUCCCUUCAGACUACUUUAAUUCUGAAACGGGAACGCUAAGGAUCUUGACUGAAGAUGAAUGGCGCGGUCUGGGCGUGACACAGUCUCUUGGCUGGGAGCAUUACGAAUGUCAUGCCCCCGAGCCUCAUAUCCUGCUAUUCAAACGGGUUCUUGACUACAAGGUCGAAAGGUGA